CAAAAAAAAGAUCUGCCCAAUUAUUCAUAUCUAGCCCCUUCAAAACUUUGGCUCACUUCGCCACUGAUUUGUUUCAUCACACUUCUAUGCAAAUACUUACGCCUAUAGAAUAGAAUACAUUAUAUCCUACAUAGAGUAAAUCAUGUAUAGUACUAUUGGUUCAAGUAGCAUCAUGUGACCGAAUAUAUUUCAACUCUGACGUCAUACCUCGAUAUAUUUUUGGAUACUAGUAUAUCGAGGUCUGACAUCAUUAUUUCACAAAACUGGAUCUAGCUAAACUCUCAGGCACACCGGCCAGCGCGCUCUCUCUCCCGGCAAGUCCAGCGAUGUGUCGGCACAGGCACUGAUCUGCGUUCUGCUGAGCACGAUGGCUCAGAGAAAAAUUCCCAUUCAGCCGUUGGACUGAACUGGUACUGUAACACAGUAUGGAUGGUCAAUAUGAAGCAAGCUUCAUCGAAUUCCUCCAAGAGCUCUGAACUCUGUUCUGAUCAUUUUGAAGAUGCUUGCUUUGACAGGACUGGGCAAACGAUUCGUCUAAGACAGGAUGCUGUCCCAACCACAUUUAAUUUGCCGCCUCGUCAUCAGAAGAAUGCACACAAACCAGGGAAACCCUCGAAAGAAAGUCAUUUAGAUUCAGCAAGCAACCUCCCAGAUACUGCAAAGACACCUGUACCAAAGUCUUCAGCACCUUCCCUGGGACUACUACUCAAUGCCAAAAAUCUAAGAGGGAUGGAGACCAGCAGCAUGGCAGCAGGAGCUAAUGUUGGUCGUGAUGAGGCAUAUACCACCAUCAACAAUGCUGCAAUUGCAGUCACCACCACCAAGUCUGCUUCUGUCACUGCCAUCACCAUUGCCACCGCCAUUACCAAGACCACUCCUGACACAAAGCCCCCAAGUCCUCAACUGACCAGAUAUUGCAGCUGGAGAAGGAUAUACCAGGAACUUCAAAGCCAGGGCUUGCCAGUCUCCUACAAUAAGAAAAAUGCCAUGGGCCCAUCUAAUGAACUAGUAGUAGAAUAUUUGGCCACAGUUGUAGAAAUGCAGAGACUAACAUACUGCCACAGGUGAGGUUUUGUCCACAGUUCCAGAAGGACACAAAAUAGUAUCAGAAAGUCAUGCCAGAAUCAACAACUGAAGGGUUUGAAGAGCCAGAUAAAGAGCCGAGAAAUGUGAUUUUAAAGGUACUUCAAUCACAUGCACAGUAGGAGCAAAAACAGCAGCAAACACACAGGAGAUGUAACACUACAUUGACCAACAGCAACAACUACAGCAGCAUCAACAAUUUCUGCAGGAGAUGCAAAAACCACACUGGCAACCUCAACAACAUCAAGGUGUCCAACAAGCACUCCGGGAACGUUAACAGCAACCACAGCUUCAGCUGGAGUUUCAACAAA